AUGGUGCUGGCCAGAGUGCGCGACAAGCUUGACAACCAGGAGCUGAAAAAGCUGCUGGACAGCAUGCCAAAGUACAGGUCCUGGUCCUGGAUAGGGCUGACUCGGUCCUUCUUGCUGUGGUCCGAUGGGAGUGAAGCCACAUUCACACCCUGGAAACCACUUCAGGCCUUGAACAAUAAAUUGGCUCGCUGUGGUGUGCUUCAGGUCAACAGUAACUCUCUUGGAAUGACAAACAUCAACUGCUAUCAAAAAAGGGCCUUUUUUUGCUACCAGGCUCCGAUCCGGAAACACCUGGUGAGACUGACGCUGACCACGGACGGCUCCUCUCUGAACAUGUCAGCCCCAGCUGUGCAGGAGGCCAUCUUGAAAUGGGUGGAAAAGACGCUGAGAGAUCAAGGAAAAUCUGAACAUCUGAAACUGAGCUGGACCAAACCUCCAGAGAAGGUCGAAAACACGAAACAGGACAAAAGCGAAGAAGGCAUGUGCCGUCCGUAA